AUGGGUUAUAGCGCAUAUCCAUGGUCACAGAAAAAACUUGAAAAUCUAAACCCGUUUCCGAGAUUCGGGCAUUCCGCUAGUCAGAAUGCACGAAAUAAUGAGAUUUAUAUUUUUGGAGGAAUUUCACAAGGAAAGGCGAGCAAUGACGUCUUUUUGGUAGAUGCUAAUUCACUUAAAGUUAGUUCUAUAACAACAACGGGGACAAUACCUCCACCACGAAGUGAGCAUACCCACGUUAAUAUAGGAGAGCAUAUGAUUGUAUGGGGAGGGAUACCUUUAAAUCCCGAAGAAAAACUUGAUGAUAGUUUAUAUAUACUGAAUACAGUAUCAAAAGAAUGGACUAAACCAAACAUAUUAGGUGAAAUUCCGAUUGGCCGUUUCGGUCAUACAGCAACAGUUGUUGGUACGACAAUGUAUAUUUUUGGUGGUCAGGUGGAUAAUUAUUAUUUUAAUAAUUUAAUGGCUUUUGAUAUGACAACACUAAAUUCCCCUACACCACACUGGGUUUCAAUUUCACCUGCAAGUGAGGCGCCUAAUGGUCGAGCUGGACACAUCGCAUGUACAUACGACAAUAAAAUAUACAUAUUUGGUGGCACGGAUGGUGAUCAAUGUUACAACGAUACAUGGUGUUAUGAUAUUCGUAGCAAUAUAUGGAAUAAGUUAGAAUGCAUUGGCUAUAUUCCUGUUGCUCGUGAAAGACACGGAGCUUGUCUUGUAGGUGAUGUUAUGUAUGUUUUUGGUGGCCGAAACAUUAAUCGAGAAGAAUUAUCCGAUCUUGCCGCAUUUCGAAUAAGCAAUUAUCGAUGGUAUAUGUUUCAGAAAAUGGGACCAUCGCCAAGUGCACGAUUUUCAAGUGCUAUGGCUGCAGCACGGGAAAAAGUUUUUGUAUUAGGUGGUGAAUCUAGUAAAUUCCCAAAGCCAGAUGAAGAAUUCUUGAUACAUGUUCUGGAUACUGGAAAAAUUAAGUAUCCCAAUGAUUCAAAUUCAAGACCACCACAAACGCAACAACCACUUCAAAGGCUGCCUCAACAGCUGCAGCAACAAUAUCCAAAUAAUGGAUUCUCAUCACCAGCACCGGGCCUUGAAAGAGGAAGCAUGGAACAGGGAAAUCGAGAGCCACUUUCUCCAAGAAGUCUUCAAUUUCCGACUUCUCGAGUGAAUAAUCAGCAACAACUUCAAACAACACCACCACCACAACAAAUAAUUUACGAAAAUGAUGCAUUUUAUCAACGUCCGAUGUUGGCUCCUAUACGCCCUGAAUUGUCUAAUUUAUAUGAUGACAGAUCUCAGCCGUCACCGCGGUCAAUUAACAGCUCAGAAUCUCAGGGUCAAUCACCUUCAAGCCAAGGAUCACCCCGUAUGUUUGGUACGGAUGGUCAAUCACUUCCGCGACAACCUUCACCACUCUUUAGGGGACCAGAAAAUAAUAUAGGAUAUUCAUCUCCAUCACCUCGAUUACCACCUCAAGAAAUAGCAGGUUCACAAUCAAAUCCACGUGCUAUUGGACAUCCAAAACGCCAAUACACAGGUCCAGUUCCAAGAUCUCAAACAGAUAUUGAUGUAAACGGGAUGAUAGCAAGGAGUCCUCAAAUUCAGAAUAAUAAUGUCAUGAAGAAUGCCAAUUACGCCAAAAUCAACACUCAUCCGGAUUUAGUUCGUUUUACUGAAAAAAAUACAUUACCUCAAUCUCCACAUGGACAAUCAGCGGUUUUCGAUUAUGACGAUGGAAGAAAUAUUCAGAAACAACAUAGUGUAGAGAGUUUUGAUGAAAAUAAUAGUAUUAAUGUAAAAGGACAUCUUAUGCCAAUAGAAAAGAGACCGAUGCUUGUAAAUCAAGAUUCCGAUUCUAGUCUAAAUGAUUAUCAAAAUCCUCGGCAAACGCCUCCUCGUUCUGUAAAUUUAGCUACAUCAACUGGACGUGGUUCCCCUUUUGGCAGCACACCUAAUCCGGCCUUGUCAUCACCAUUAGCCAUAACAACCCAAUUACCAGCUAAUAGUAUGCUAUAUGGCGGUUCGUUGUCGCCUCUGUCAUCAAGUGAAACUAGUAGCAUUAAUACAGUAAGAUCCCCAAUAAUAGCACCUCUUGAAGACGAUAUGCAAUUGGCGGAUCAUUUCCCAGCUCCUGUAUCAAAUCAAGAGCGUGACAAUCUAUUGAAUGAGCUUGCUGAACGGGACAAUUUGAUAUCGAAACUUCAGAAACGUGAAAAUUGGUUGAAAAUAGAAUUGGCUUUAGCAAGAAAAUCAGGAUAUACGCCGGAAACAGAUAGAGAUAGUAUACUACCAGAAAAAAUUGAUUUAGAUCAAUUGAUGGACCUUGGUGAUGAUGGUUCAGAAAGACAAAAAGUUUUGCAAGCUAUCAUUAAGAUAAAACAAGAAUUAAAGAAAGCAAAGGCUUCGAUUGCAAAUCAAGCACAAGCAGCUUCUCAAAAGAUCACGGAGUCCGAGCGUGCACGUACAGCUGCACUUCAGGAAGCCGCAUAUUUCAAAGCAAAAUUAACUGCACUGACUAAUGCAUCAGAGUCAGAACUUGCUGCGAUAGAAGUUGAAAGAGCGCAAGACCUUGAAAAACGUUUAACGCAGGCAUUGACAGAAAAAGAAUCUCUCGAAGCGAAAUUAAUUCAAUAUCAACAGUCCUCAAAUCAUGAAAAGGCUUCACGCGAAUCUGCUGAAGAACGCGCUAGAACUGCAACAACACGCGCCGAGGAAGCAGAAGCUGCACACGCAGCAGCAGUAACAGAUUUUGCUGAUUUACAUUCACGUGCCACGGCUGCUGAGAAUCAAAUACGAGAGUUAAAUUCUCGAUUAGCUGAAGCAAAUUCAGAAUUAGCGCAAUAUCGCACGGAAAGUUCAAGUUCACGAAAUCAGGUUAAUAAUCUUCAACAAUCUCUUGAACAACAUCAACGAGCACUUGAAAAAGCUAAUAAUGCUCUUAUUGCCGCCAAUGAACGUGCUAAAGAAGCAGAAAAAUUAUGGCGAGAAGCACGCCAAGACAUCACGAAUUUAGAAAAAGAAGCAGCCGCGCUCCGUGCAGAAUUGGAUAUAAAAAUGCGAGAUUUAGAACGUGCAAAGUCAAGAGCCGAAGAUAAUGAACGAUUACUGGGAAAAUCUCAAAAAGAAGUUGAUGCCGUGCGUAUAAUGAUGCAAGAAGGCAUGACCGAAUUAUUAAACACAACCAGAACUGCGGUCUUGGGGUUUACGGAUGAUCCAUCAGAAGCUGCAGCCAAAAUUACUCAAUUACAAGAAGAAGUCUCCUCACUUAAAACAUUGCAAAUCGAAACACAAUCUAAAGCGAACACUGCAUCUGAUUCGCUCGCUGAAGCAUUGGUAAAGAUUUCACAGAUGGAGGCUGCUAGCAUGAAAGCAAGAUCCGAAACUGCUGCCCUACAACGGAAAUUAGCUGAAGCUUUAGAUGAAAUGGCGAGACUAAAGGAUCGAAUACGUGAAAAAGAAAAUGAGUUAUUAGAAAAAUCAAGACUACUCGAGGAUGCAGAAGUAAAAGUGGGAAUGAUGAGGGGUGUAAUGUUAGACAAAGGAAUAUUAGAUGAUGGCGCAGGCAGCAAAGGUAUGGUCAUUCGCUAUAAAGAAUUAGAGUCAAAAUUAGUUGAACUUGAGAGUGACUAUAAUAGAUUACUCCAGAAAACAAAAGAUGAUGAAGAAAAGAUAAAGUUCCUCGAAGAAAUAGAUCGAUCCAGUAGUCCUCCUAAUCCACAAAUAGAUUCCGACGAUAAUCGAAGCAGCAGCGGAAGCGGUGACGAUUCCAUACGAAAAUUAAUGGAAACUCGUGAUCGAUUAAAACAAGUGGAAGCUGAUUAUCAAACAGCCGUACAUUACGUAAAAGGUACUGAAAAAAUGUUACGACGCAUGAAAGAAGAAUUGACAAAAGCAAAAAAAGAAAACUCAAAAAUCAACGAGAAAUUGACGGAAAUUCAAGAAAAAAAUGAAGAAUUAGAAGAAAAAUUAGCGGAAACGGAGGCAACUAUGUCACAGAUGAAAAACUCGGAAUCACAAGUUGUUCGAUUAAAUGAAGCAUUGGCAUCUACUCAAAGUGAAUUAGAAGAUGUAUUAGCAUCAAAUAACGAAUUAAAAUUAGUCUUACAAGGAAAAGAUGUCAAUUUACUUAGAAGUACACCUGAUUCUGCUCGUCUUGAAUUCGAACGUAAUCAAUGGGAAGCUCAUCGCAUGAAACUUGAGCGUGAAAUCUCCGAAUCACAUGCUCAAAGAUCAAAGAUUGAAAAAGAAAAUUCUGAGCUCGAACAAAAGGUGAAAGAAGCCGAGAAUAAAAUUGCCCUAUUACUUGAUCAAAUGGAACAUGCAGUAGACACAUAUCGGGGCAUUGAAGAUGAUAUGCGAGAUAGCAGUCCACGAAAUAGUGGUGCUUUGGAUUCAUUGGCUAAUGAACUGGAUAUAUUGAAAUCUCAAUGGGAUAUUUCUCAUAAAGAUUUGGAAUCUUUAUCGAGCCCAACAACUGAUGAGGAUUAUAUUGAUUCAAGAUGGAGUCGAUUGCCUGAUCGUAUUAAUGGCGAGGGAAUUGAUGGAAAACAUGCACCAUCACGAACUGAAGAAUUUGAAAGUGUGAUUGCUGCUUUAAAUGAAGCUCAAAAAAUACCUGAAUCACAUAAUUUAAGUUAUUUAGGAUCUUCUUCAGCUUUCUCUUCAUCUACUCCUUCAGUAUCAACCACGCCAAAUCCCACAAUUGUUUCAUAUAAUCAACAACCUGCUGCACAGACAAAAAUAACGCCGACAAACGUACAUAAAACUCCGAAUGCAGCACAUCAUGGGCCAAGUGUAAUCGAUCAGAUUAGGGAAACUCUAAAUCUAACUCCACCACCGACACCACCAGUAUUAUCAUCUCAAUAG